AUGGAUCAGGCGCCGGCCGAUCAGCCUGAGAAGGUGAAAUCUGAUGGCGAACGGGGCUUCUCCGGCCCACCUCUCUACCCAAAGCUGGAUCCCCAAGACUUGGAGGUGCCUCCCAUCUCCGCGGCGCCGCCCGACGCGUCAGACGCUGCACGCGAUUCGGCUAGUUCCGCAGCGGCGGAAGCCCCAGGUCGACAGGACGCUCCCAACGCCUACGUUAUCUCAUCCCCCGUCCCCACGUCGUCGUCAAAGCGUGAGUUGAUGCAUAGCUGCUUUUGGUUUGUGUUUUACAUUUCCUUCUGCGACUGUUUUCUUCAAUGGAUGCCUCUUCAUGUGGUCUGCUCCGAGGAUGAAGACCAGGGUAACUUUCUGAUUGCCAGUCGAUGAUUCUCAAUUUUUCUUUCCCUUUGGCAUUUGAUGGUUAGGUACGAUGGAUUCAGUGCGCGACGUUCUUGGGAGUUUCGGGAAGAAGGUUGUAGAAGCUACGAAACAGGCAGAAGAUUUGGCGGGAAACGUGUGGCAGCACUGUAAGAUCUCAAGACGUUUAUUGGCAUUUCUUUUUCAAGUCAUCUUAUGGUUCUCUUCUUUCUGACUCCAAUAAUCUCUCGGUAUCGAUGGUAGUGCAAUGCUCCUUCCAGUGAUGCUUCCUAUUAUUGAUUUCUCUUAUAUCUGGGGAAUAACAAAAUGAAAAGUAUGUGUGGGCAGCGCUGGUCGCUAACGGUGGUGGGAGAUUUUGUAAUUGGAAGGAAGAAAGGGAGUUGUCUGCGCGGGAUCGGAGAUUCUCGACAUUGCCUACAUAAUAAUUGAAAGGAGUGACAUUCAUUUUUGUACUUUUUUUAUGAAUGGAACUUUCGGAUAUGUAAUGAUCAGAAAAAUGUUCGAGGUAGUGAACAAAGGAAUGGAUAUGAUGAAUGGCUGAUACAGAUGAGCUCUUGGUCAGGUCAAUAAACUAAGCAUUGGUAGUAUAGAUAAUAGAAAUUUCCCAUUGUCUUGCUGCACACUUCAGAGAGUAAUUGAAAUUCAAAUUCUUAUUGGCCUUGCUACAUUGGAAGCUCAUUCUGCGUUUGCAACCAUGCAGCAAGCAGGAGCUACAAGCUUCUCAUGUAGUGCUUGAUCAGUGCAUUCCUUUACACUGUUUCUAAAUAAUCAUUUGUUCUAUCUUGUAAGUAGAUCAUGAGCACCUCUGUAAUUUCCUUUUUUUCUGAGCUUAACCUCUGAUUAGUACAGGGUAGAAUAUGAAGAAAGAGAGGGUAAUGAAACAAUGUUCUGAAGCUAGAUUUUUGGAAAAGAUGCCAAAUAGUUAAAUUAUUUUAUCACAUGACUGGUUUUGCCGUAUGAAUUUAGAAGCUUAUUUUCUGGUAUCUGGUAAUGUUAAUUACAGUGAGUUUCUUCUGAGUUGGAAUUCAACGUUGAUUCACAGUUUGCUAUUAGCCUGAGUUCGUGAAGGGUUGUUCAGCCCAUUUAGAUCAUCUUUAUGUAAUGAGUCCAAUUGAGAAUUAAUUGGUAAUACAAUUUAGGCAGCUUUGUGGUUGUAAAGAGUAAUAAGAAGUCUCUUCAGACUAUUUCAGAAGGUAUUUGGUACCUUUAUCAUAAUUGACCUCGCGGUGAAGGCAUAUCAGGCAUACGCUUAUGUCUAUUGUGGAUCCUAGUCCAAGUGCGCAAAUAAUGUUCCUAACGUAGUCUUUGGAGGUAUAGAUGCAAACAACUGAGAUUUUAAUUGAUUGCCUUUCGGGAAAAGACACUUUUCAUAUUCACUGUCUUGGGAAAUAGUCUACUGUUCUUUUCAAAUCGCUAGAUUCGGUUUUAGUUUUAGUUAUCAUAUUCGGGUGGAAAUGCAUCCCCUGAUUUUCUGCUGAACUCGAAUCUUUACAAUGCUUCUCCUAUCUUUCGCCCUUCUUUCAGUUUCUCUAUAUUUUUUGAGUUACCUUUGCUUUUCUAGUUCGUUUCGAUCAUCUUUUGCUUUGGGUGCAGUAUCGUUGUCACACAUACCAUGAGACUGAUACUUAAAAUCAUCUUUGCAUCUGUACUCUUUCUGUAUGUCCAGCAUUCAUUUUUUUUUCCUUUACAUUCAUCCAACUGUGAACGUGAAAAUGCUGAAGUGCUUCCAUUAUAUCUAUGAAUCGAUAAUGCUCAUUCUCUUCCUUUUCCAGUAAAAACGGGACCCAGCAUUGCCGAUGCUGCAAUGGGAAGAAUUGCUCAGGGUACCAAAGUUCUAGCAGAAGGUGGCUAUGAGAAAAUUUUCAGACAGACUUUUGAGACUCUUCCAGAGGAACAACUUAAAAAUUCUUAUGCUUGCUAUUUGUCCACUUCUGCUGGACCUGUCAUGGGAAUUUUGUACCUCUCUUCAGCAAAACUUGCGUUUUGCAGUGACACUCCUCUCUCAUACAAAGUUGAGGAUAAGACUGAAUGGAGCUAUUAUAAGGUAAAUGUAUUUCUUUCUCUUGUUUUAUGUCUGUUUUGCAAUGACCUGGCGAUUCAAUUUUGUAAACUAAUUGAGACCGAAAUUGGCAAAGGAGAGACAACCAGAGAGGAAUAACCAAUCAAUGAAAGAACGUGAAAUCGUUAUUUUUCAAUAGAAGUACGGGAAAGGGUUGGGGGCAAUGAACUAGGUGAAAUGGUUAGAUUUUGCGAGCCGUUCCAACCACAAUUUGAUAUGAUUCCAGCAGCCGAAAGAGAAUGAAUACUGUUUUGGCAUUGUUGUUCAUCCCAUUUGAUUUUUUCUGUAGACUGGUUUUAACAUGGCAAUCACCAGACAAUGGAGUAAAAGUUAUUAGUUUCUUAUUUAUGCUUUCACGUUGGCUUUGACAAAUUUGCAUGAAUAUAGCGAUGAAUAACAUUUAUCUCCCAUUUUUCUAGGACAAGCGAAAAUUAUUCUUAGUCAAGGUUUGUGCAUUGGGGAUAAAGUGUGUUGGGUAUUUUCUUUCUAAGAUUUAACGUUUCCUUGAUUUCUGGCUGAAUCUCUAAGUUUUUAUUUUUUCCUAAAAUAAAAGGUGAAUUUUUGCCCUUCUUUGGAGGCUGAUAGAGGACAUCACCUUUUUAUGCACAUUGACCGAUUGAGUGACCUACAGCCGUAUGAAUUCCUGUUUUAACUUCCAUAUUGAAUAUAUUCACACAUUUAAUAUAGGAGAUUUAUGUUGUGACAUCAAUUUCAAAUGAUCUACUUGCUUUUUUGUGAAGUUCGCAUGGCUAUGAUGUUUUUUUUGAUAUAUUGAGAUGACUCAGUUUAUUUUUAGUCAGUUCAGAGCCUGUUUUAGAUUCACAGGAGUCCGAAAUGUGUGGAUUGAUCGUUAAAGGCAUGUUUCUGCUCUCAUUAAAUGAGAGGAGGGCGUUGCAAACACAAUUGACCUUGAUUACCCUUGUAAGACUGAGAGGGGAUAGUAUACAUCCACCUGCUGAAGCAUGCGCGGUUUUCGAGGUCAUGUAAGAAAAAGAUCUUUGUUGUCAUAUGGUAGGAAUUAGUUGUGCUGUUGCAGCGACUAGUAUCUGUAUUCAGAGAAACGAUGCUGCCAGGUCAACUUUUUUGUUCCCACAUACAUCUAGAUCUACGUUGAUGGUCUCUCAUGAUAGAAAAAAAAACCUUCUCUUUGUUUAAAGAGAGGAACAGGAACCUUCAGAUAAUAUCUGAGAAGUACAUUAAUUAAUCCUGUUAAUGGAUUGUAAAGGCACGUCUUACCAAUUAUUCACGGGAACAAAGUAUUUAUCUCAUUAGCUAUAGAUUAUCCCCAUGUCUAUCACGUUUAAUGAUGCAUUUCUGAGUGGGAGGAUAGUUGGACGUGCUUCACCGAAAUAGAGCCAUGGCUAGACAGUACACAUGAUACUUAUUGGGUAAAUUCGGUUUAUUGCCUCAAUAAAUAAUGUUUGAAGAUGAAGAUAAACAAACGCCAGAGAAGUAUGUUUGCCUUGAUGUUGUUUAUCAUGAGAUUUAUUUCCAUCCCAGAAGUGCAGCUCUUUGUGUCCUGACCAUAUGUUUUUUGUUAUGAUGUAUAUCCUUUGUUGUGGAUACCAGCCUUUGUCUACGGGUCAUACUCUGUUGCUAUCCUAUCCUUGUUGAGUGCUCAUUAAUUGAUCAACAAUUUAAUUGCCAAGUUUCAUUAGUUUCUGUAUCCUUAUGUCUUUCGAUCUGACCACUCAAUAUUUCGAUGUGCCCACUCCAAUCAAAAACAAAUCAAGGGAAGAGAGUGUCUUGGUGGAUUGUUUGGUUUUUAUUUUUGGCUCCUGGGCACCCAUGCCUCUUUGUUUCGGUCAACUAUGGUUCUGUUCGUAGAUAGGCCCUCUGGUUUUUGCUUUCUUGUGUUGUCCUGUUACGCAUCUUGUAUUUGUUGACAGGUAAGAGGGUUCCCUCGAGAAAUGAAAUCUUGCAAUCAUAUCCACCUAUUCACAGUCAGUUGGAAGAGCCUGUUAUCCUGGUCCAGUUCAGUGUGUACUGGAACGUUGGUGCACACUAUCUGCCUUCGCAAAGCUGAUCAUCCCUUGGACACACCGUGUUCAUGGGUUAUUCCACGGGUGUCAUAAGCACAAACUUUUCGCAUAUUUUGUAAUGGUGGAGCGAUUUCCUUCGUCAUAUCUGCUAUCUUCCCUUUUCCCUUUUCGAUGAAGCAUCAUCCCGUUUGUUUGUAUCAAUGUUUGCCGAGACUUGGUGUAGUGAUGGAAGUUGAAAAGUCAAAAACUAAGUUGAACAAGAUUCAUUGAAACCAAUGAAUAUAAUGAUCAAGCCUCAUCCGAACAGCUUAGGAUUGACUUGAAGCCUGGGAACAGCUUAGGAUUGUCUACCGAAGGCCACCUAUCAUUUGUCACAGUGGGAGGCUUUAGUGGAAAAUAGUUAACUUAGUGGGAGAAUCCUCCAGUCAAGUAUUGCACCUUCUCACAUCGAUCCAUGGUUGACUUUGGACUCGAUUGCCCGAUAUGGAAGGAUAAAUGUGAUCUUUUCUUUUGGCUCUUAGCCUAAUGCCGACCUCUCACCUUGCGCAAUGCUGUUAGAUUUUAAAUUCCCAGGUGAUGAUAGUCGCAUGGAAGUAAAUGUCGCACAAUGUGGACAUUUGUGACGACGAAGAACGAAAAUCAUGUGAUAUAUUGAUGAAUUAUUCCUUUUCUUGGUUCAUCGCACUUCCAACAUGCUGAUUCGAUUCCUCACCCGCGACCCCUCAACAGGUGGUGAUCCCUUUGCAUCAGCUGAGACAAGUCAACCCUUCAAGAAGCAAAGUGAAUCCUGCUGAAAAGUACAUACAGAUAAUAUCCGUCGACAACCAUGAGUUCUGGUUCAUGGGUUUUGUGAACUAUGACGGCGCCAUCAAGACUCUGCAAGAGGCCCUCAGCAGCUUCCAGGCCCCAUAG